AUGGCCUUGGGAAACCACAGUACCAUCAUUGAUUUCCUCCUGCUUCGGCUGCCUGCUGACCAUCACACGCAGGCCCUACUUUUUGUGCUUUUCCUGGUAAUAUACCUCCUGACCCUGUCAGGAAAUCUGUCAAUGAUCAUGGUUAUCAGAGCCAAUUCUCACCUCCAUACCCCCAUGUACUUCUUCUUGAGUCACCUCUCCUUCCUGGAUCUCUGUUACUCUUCAGUCACUGUGCCCAAGAUGCUGGAGAACCUACUGUCUGAGAAGAAAACCAUCUCAGUGGAGAACUGCUUGACCCAGGCCUUCUUUGUGCUUGAGUUUGGGGGAACAGAGCUCUGCCUCCUUGCAGUGAUGGCCUAUGAUCGCUAUGCUGCUGUCUGCUACCCUCUGAUAUAUGGUCAAAUGAUGAGCAACCAGGUCUGUGUGAGGCUGGUGUGGGCAUCCUGGGUCUUGGCCUUUUUGGAUGCUCUCAUCAACACACUUCUGGCUUUGAAUUUGGACUUCUGUGAGACUCAAGUCAUCCCCAACUUUAGCUGUGAAAUACCUUCUCUAUUCCCUCUCUCCUGCUCCAGUAGCUCCGCUAACUUUGCAGUCCUGCUCUGCUCAGCCCUCCUGCAUGCCUUUGGGACCUUCCUCCUGGUUCUCUUCUCUUAUGCCCGCAUUGUCUCCACCAUCCUGAGCAUCAGCUCCACCACAGGCCGAAGGAAGGCCUUCUCCACCUGCUCCUCCCAUCUUACUGCAGUGAGUUUAUUUUAUGGCUCAGGUUUUCUUCGCUAUCUUAUGCCAACUUCAGGUUCCCCAUGGGAGGUGAUCUUUUCCUUGCAGUACAGUGUGUUCACUCCCCUAGUGAAUCCCUUUGUCUAUAGCCUAAAGAACAAGGAAGUAAAAGUAGCUCUGAAAAACAAGCUACAGAAAAUGUAAAGCAUCUCAGGUAGCAGAGAACAAGCAAGGAUGAAUGGGGGGAAACAAGGCAGAAUUGCAGCAAGGUAGUUCAGUAAUAGACAUUAAGGAAAAGUUUUGGUGGCUCAGGAUGUCAGAUGUGACAAGAUAUGUUGUAAAGCCUCCUUUUUUCUGGAAUAGCACAAGAAAACAGUAGCAAAGUAUUUGUUUGUCUUGGUUCAUAUUUUAUCUUCCUCAGAGGUAGAAAAAUGCAUCAGAUGACUAUAUCAAUUCAAGC